UUCCACUUUUGAAGCUGUGUACUUACUAUUUACUCGUGAUUUUGUGAUGUUGUAAUGUGAUGCAUGCCUCGAGUCGAGCUACGUACGUACUCAGGUUCGCCUAUUUGCAUCGCAAUUUUCGCGUUUUCGUGUCUUAAAAGUGAGUUCGAAGCUGUAAGUGUUGUAAAACGGCGGGAUUCGAUUGUGUCUAAUCACUAGAUUCAUAGUGCGCGAUCGUAGACACUAGAAAUAGAAAACCGCUGCCAGUCCUCGUCGGUGACAGUUAUUAUUUUGUUUCUGUCGGUUUUCUAUCCCGUGUCUAUCGUUCACCGUUUGUAAGUUGAGUAUUGUGCCGAUUUUUUGAAAUGCGUGAUUGAACUUUUGGAACUUCACUUGUUCUUAUCAGUGUGCUGUAGCUUCUUCCUUGUUUGCGUUUUAUUAAAUUGUCAGCCCUAAAAUGAUCUGCCUAAAGAAUUUAGCGAGAAGUGUUGCCGGUCUCGCACCGGCGAAAGGACCUUUAGACGUUAGUGCUCUCCUUCGAGUAAGCCCAGUUCUUACUCAUUCCAGCAUCCAGAGGGAUAUUCAUGCUAUACCCGACCACCUAAAAGAUGUGUCAGAAGCCGAGAACCCCAGGUUCUUCGACAUGGUGGAAUAUUUUUUCCACAGAGCCUGUCAAAUAGCUGAAGACAAAUUGGUUGACGAGCUUAAGGGCAAAAUGUCGAUUGAAGACAAGAAGAAGAAAGUUAAAGGUAUUCUCAUGCUAAUGCAGCGGUGUGAUCACAUAAUUGAAAUAUCUUUCCCAGUUCGUAGGGACAGUGGAGACUAUGAGAUGAUCACUGGGUAUCGUGCUCAACACAGCACUCACCGGACACCAUGUAAAGGAGGUAUCAGGUUCUCGAACGACGUGUCACGGGACGAGGUCAAAGCCCUGUCCGCGUUGAUGACGUUCAAGUGUGCCUGCGUGGACGUUCCCUUCGGCGGCGCCAAGGCAGGGAUCAAGAUCAUCCCGAAAAACUACAGUGAACACGAGCUGGAGAAGAUCACGAGGCGCUUUACGCUCGAGCUUGCUAAAAAGGGAUUUAUCGGUCCCGGUGUGGAUGUACCAGCUCCUGACAUGGGCACAGGAGAAAGAGAAAUGUCCUGGAUUGCCGACACUUACGCUAAAACCAUUGGACACUUGGACAUCAACGCCCACGCUUGUGUAACUGGGAAACCCAUCAACCAAGGUGGUAUUCAUGGUAGAAUAUCCGCUACUGGCCGAGGUGUCUUUCACGGAUUAGAAAAUUUCAUAAUGGAAGCAAAUUACAUGAGCAUGAUUGGAACAACUCCUGGUUGGGGUGGCAAGACUUUCAUCGUGCAGGGUUUUGGUAAUGUUGGUCUUCAUACAAUGCGAUACCUUCACAGAGCAGGUGCAGUUUGCAUCGGAGUGAUUGAAAGAGAUGGCUCCAUCUAUAAUUCCGAGGGAAUAGAUCCUAAGCAACUAGAGGACUAUCACCAAGAAAAUGGAACAAUUGUAGGUUUCCCUGGUGCCCAACCGUACACAGGAGAAAAUCUUAUGUUUGAGCCGUGUGACAUCUUUAUCCCUGCUGCCAUAGAAAAAGUGAUCACCAAAGAAAAUGCCUCCAGAUUCCAAUGCAAGAUUGUUGGAGAAGCUGCCAAUGGACCUACUACACCUGCUGCUGACAAAAUCCUUCAAGACCGCAAUAUCUUAGUGAUUCCUGAUCUGUAUAUGAAUGCUGGUGGUGUGACUGUUUCUUUCUUUGAAUGGCUCAAAAAUUUGAACCAUGUCUCUUACGGUCGCUUGACAUUUAAGUAUGAAAGGGAAUCCAACUACCAUCUACUUGAGUCAGUACAAGAGUCACUGGAACGCAGGUUUGGACGUGUUGGUGGACGCAUCCCUGUCACGCCGUCAGAAUCAUUCCAGAAAAGAAUCUCCGGUGCAUCAGAAAAAGAUAUUGUUCAUUCAGGGCUGGAUUACACAAUGGAACGAUCAGCUAGGGCAAUCAUGAAAACUGCCAUGAAGUAUAACUUGGGCCUGGAUCUUCGAACUGCCGCCUACGUCAAUUCAAUUGAAAAGAUAUUUACAACUUACAAAGAGGCUGGCUUAGCGUUUUAAAAUUCUUAAAAUUUGUCUGGAUUUAUCUGAAAUUGAUUGCAUUUAGUUUUCAUGUUAUCGACUUUUUCUUUGAAAUUAAUAAGGGUACAUAAUUUGAAUGAUGCUUCCCAUUUGCAUCUGAAAUGUUUAUUCGCGUGCAAUGUCCCAUUAAACUGAGGCAAACCAUUGCAAAAAUGAUAUUUGAUCUUACCUCUUGUGGAUCCAUUUAUAACCGUACUAAAAGAAUCAAAUUUUAAGAACCAGGUGAGCCGCUUUUGUUUACAAAAUUUCAAGCUCAAUUUUUGUCCUUUUUACAUCACAAAUGAUCUGUUUUAUCUGAUUUAGAAUGGCAUUUUCAACGGUUUUGUCUAAGUUUCAUUUUAAAAAUCUUGCUCAAAACUUUUUCAGAUGUAAAGUUGUAAGUUAUUUUAUCCAUUUUCAACUUAAGGAUAACCAGCCAUAAACUCUGAGAUGAUGCCUUUUCUUUUCUCGUUUAUUGCAUCCACUCAAUAGUUUUUCCUUUCAUAAUAUGGGCAAACGGAAUCGUAAUCACUUUUCACGAAUUUUUUUUUUUUAUAUUACCUAUGUUACUCUGUUUCUUUUAUGUUUAUUUCAUAUAAUUCGUGAGUGGCUGUCCAAAACUUCUAAAGGUUUUUUUUUUUUAUUUAGAAAGAGGAAAGUUUAAUUCUCGUGCUUUUUCCUAGUUGAUUAUUAUGAUAGAAAUUAUUUCAAUCUGCGUAUAAUGUAUCACUCUGUUUUGAGGUACAUAUUGAAUAAUGAAUUAAAAUGCUGUAGAGUAAGCUCUCAUAUGUUUAGCCACCUUAGUAUCUUUAUUGUAGUGUGAAGAAGCAGGCAGAGGACAGUAAGUGUGAUAUCUUACCAAAUUUUUAGAAUGAGAGCAGUGCAAUGGCUGAACUUCAAGAACAUGGCGGAUUUCAAAAUGUUGACGCAUUCUUUGUAUUUUGUAGGAUAAACAGAUCCAUAUAAUCUCCUGAAAUUUUCUCUGAUUUUUUUCUAUUUCUCUUUAAUUGUCUGAUAAAAAUUCCAAGCCAUAUUGUUGAUAUGUUUUUCCUUCACAAAUCUCGAAGAAAUGCAAACAUUUAAAACUUUUUAAUUCCAAAACCUGAUUUUGGAGUUUAGUCAUCUAACAGUAUUAUCAUAUUCUACAUGUCAUCGAGAGUUGGAAACUCUGAUGAAAUCCUCUCUACUUUGCUUGUUUGCUUCACCUAUAGAAAUAAUUAAGAAACAAAUGUUUGAAAUGGUGCAAGUUUUUGAAAACCUGCUGCUGGACAUCAGCAUCAGGUGAAGAGUCCUAAAAGAAGACUCAAAAUUCUUAUUGAGAAGUAUUUCAACAUCACUUUGUAAUGUGAUAUGUUGAGUUCCUCCAUGAAUAUGCUUUUUUGUUAUUCCUUAUUGUUUUUUCUCUUGUAUAUUUUCCUUAAGCUUUAUUAAUGAAUUUUUGACUUGUGUUUAUGUGUGCGGAUGUUUGUUUUUGCUUUUAUCUAUGCUUCUAUAAAUAAUGGAAAAUCUUUGCCAAUAUUUUCAAAGUAGUGCGGUUCAGUUUGUAGGUGGAACUUAACGCAAGUAUUUAAACUUAGUGGCUUGUCAAUGCCAUUCAUUAUAAUUUCAAUUUUCUCAGCUGUGGAGGUUUGCUCUUCUGAAUUUUAUGCCCUUUGAAUCCAGUUAUUAACUUAUUGUUUGCUUCAAAGAUAUGUAAUAACUUGCCAACAUAUUACUAUCCUUCUCACAUGUCACCUGCACCAAACCAAGUGAAUUUGUUUUACAAAUUAGUCAGCUAAUUUUCAGAAAUAUUGACGAACAGCACAAAAAUAAACUACUAAUCUAUUGAAUUAAUCUAAUACACGAUUGUCAACUUGAAUAUUCGAAAGGAUUUACAAUUGACUUUAACCCCCUAAAUUCUUUUUUUCUCUUCCUUUUCUUCUUUUAGCUCUCAUUUUUAAUUUUUUUCCCCAUUAGAUUGAUCGACACUCGGUUCUUGUAUAUCAACAUUAUGGAUUGUCCAAAAAAAAAGAUAGAUAUGAAUCUGUUUUUUUGCUGAAGUUUUGAUACAUUGCCACUGUCUUUUUUGUAUUGUUUUAAGUGACGUAAUGUAAUCCGGCUUAUACCUGUCAGGGAGAAGGUCCAAGAUAAUUCAGCUUGUAUCUACCUUUUGUUUCUCUUGUUCAGAAAUAAUUAUCCGGUCUGUAAGUCAUUCUUUUUAACUAUGUUCUCGUUAGUUUUUCAUUUAAUAUUAUCAAGGACCAUUAUUUUAUCAUGUGCUACAAAGUAACCGAACAUCACCAAAAAAUAAAAAUUGUCAAUGAUACCCCUGAAAAGUGUGUUCCUCACAUCUGAAGUUAUAACCUAACAAUUUUGCUAGAUUGUAUUUUAGUUCUGUCAAUGUCAAUACCAAGUUAUAAAACGGGAUGAAAAUCUGUGGUCUUCAUUUCUAAUCUUAAAUGAUGCAGAAAGCAAAACCAAUAUGAAUAAUCUCUUGCCUCCUUUUCAAAGUCAACCAACUCAUUUGACAUGAACUCUAGCAAAUCAUCGAAAAUCUACCUUUUAGUACCCUUAAGGAUUCAUUUCAACACUUGUCUACUCUUAGUCGAAUUUAGUAACAUUUUGUCGUAAGAAACCUUCAUUCAUAGGGAAUUGUAAAAUCAACAACUGCUUUAGUAAGAAAACUUGUAAAAUAAAGACAGGGCUUCAAGGAAGAUUGCCACGAGCAGUCAAUCAUCUAUUGCAAGAAGCAACGUACAAGAAAGCAAUAACUAUGAAAAGAUGUUUCUUUCAAACAAGAGUCUCAUCAGUUUUGCUUUCAACAUUGCAGUGCAGCGGGCUGAUUUUUGAAAUUGAUAAACAAAGUCAUAGACAGAGAGGAUAAAGGAAAAAUGGAGUGAUCCCAUUUUUCCAUCAUUUUUGCCCACAGGCCUAUCGAAACUACCCAUUUUAACCAAUAGGAUUGUUCCAUUUUCACUUUGUCUUUCUUUAUCAAUUUCAAUAAUCAGCCUGCAUAUAUCUAAUAGGGUUCCGCGUCUGUGAAAGAGUAUCAAACAUCCUAACGCCUCCCAUCAUUUCUAUCUCGUAAAUUUUCACCAUUUUUCCUCUUUAUCUUUAAAGGUCUUGAUUUGCUUGCAAAAAAUAAAAACUUUAAACCACCAACCCGCAGAUCGGAUUGAUGCGGAUAAGCGUUGGGUCAUGAUAAACAUGCUCCCAGUCCCUUAUAGAGAGUUGCUCCAAUGCAUUUUAGAUUAUUUUUAAAACCAGUUAGAUUUGGUAUAAUUUGCAAAUUAUCAAUAUUUUAAGUUGCAAAUUCUUCAACAUUCCAGUCCCCAGCCAGAAAUUCACUGCUUUAUCUCACAACGCUUUGUAAUCAGUAUUUUGUUUGGAUGAUUGAUUUUCUUACAAACGCCUUUUUCCUGAUCUACCUCUUUUUAUUUUUGCACAGCUUAUUCUACUUGUUGGAAUGUUGUCGGCAAAUAUAUUUUUUGCUUUUUUAUUUUUAAUCAUGUUAGUGAUUCGCUCAAUUUUCUUAUCGUUAAAUACUUAGCGUGCAUUUUCAUUUUAUGAAUAAUGAGUAUCACAUAUUGCAGAAGGACAAGUGCCAUAGAGUCGAAAAUCUAUAAAACUUUGGAAAGAUGAAAUUGUGAAAACCGUUUGGAAUUUGUCAGAGAAUUUUUUGUGUGUUAAGUAAUGAAAUUCAAUGGUUUUGUGUUGUGUCAGUUUCAAGGAAUUUAGUAUGAACCAUGUAAAUUUUAGAACUCUCUGUGUGACAGGUCUUAAAAAUGAAACCGUUUACAGAGAGACAGAUUGAUCCUCAUCAAGAAAUACUUCCUGGAGCAGCGCUCCUACUGUCCUCAAACAAACGUAUAAUUUAACUGUAUCCUCAUUUUUGCUAAAUAUAUUGAUCCUUUUGAAUUGA